AUGGCCGUCGAAGCUGAAGGAUUUAACGCUAGCCCAUACUUUAAGCAAAUUGAAGAAGGUCUUUCCAACGCUGACCUUUCUAAAGCUGCUAUCAAAUCAGUCAAUGCUGUUAUUGUCAUCACUUUGAAGAGCAAGGAAGGUAAGGACCAAUCAUGGGUCUUGGACUUGAAAAAGGAAGGUAGCAUCAAGAAGGUUGAUGGUGCUCCACCAAAGGGAGAUGUUGAAUUACUCUUGAAGGAUGUUGAUUUCGUCAAAUUGGCUGAAGGUAAGGCUAACGGUCAAAAAUUGUUUAUGAACGGUAAGUUGAAGGUUAAGGGUAACUUGAUGAAGGCCACUGCUAUUGAAACUGUUUUCAAGCAAUUGGACCCAAGACCAAAAUCCAAGUUGUAA